AUGAACCAACUGGUGCAAUUAUACUUCGAUUCUUUUGAAUCAUGCUUCCGAAUCCUUCAUUUUCCAUCAUUCCAAGCAGGGUACGAGGGCUAUAUGAAGGAUCCCAGGGCUGCAAAGACCUCUUUUGUGGUGAAACUUCUACUAGUGAUGUCUAAUGCAGCUUCGUUGCUUGACGAUGCCGGCUUGCAGCAGGAAUUGCGUGCCAAAGCCCGAAGCUGGAUUCAUGUUGCUCAAAGUUGGCUCUCCGCACCCAUUGAAAAAGAUGGCCUUUCAAUGGACGGUCUACAAGUUCACUGUUUACUUCUUCUCGCUCGCCUGGUAAAUUGUGUUGAAGAUUUAGUCUGGAUAUCAGCUGGCUCAUUGAUGCGCAUGGCAAUCCAAAUGGGCUUGCAUCAAGACCCCGACCACCUAGGGGGAAUGGCGCUUCUACAAAAGGAGAUUCGAAGAAGACUCUGGUACACGAUUUUGGAGAUGAAUGUGCAGGCUGCUUUGGACUCAGGCAUGCGUCCUAUGAUCACUGCUGAUGAGUUUGACACCCGACCGCCCUCAAAUCUCAGCGACGACGAUUUGGAUAAUGGAACUGGAACGCAGGCGGAUUCUCCUGAGGAAGUGGCUCCGACACCGACAAGGGCUUCAUUUCAAUGUUUACUGGCCACCUCCGUUCUUUUAAGGCUGGAAGCUACUAGGGUCAUCAAUGCGUUGCAGGAGGAGCCUUCUUACGAUCGUGUUCUUCGUCUCGGAGAGGAGCUAGCGUUGGCUUGCCGCAAUGCGACCGUCUCCAUUGAUCACCACAAGUCGGUUGCUAAGAACCUGUGGCCGACAGAAUUUCCAUAUAGCUGCUGUGACCAUUUUCACCGUCGCUUUCUAUUGUGCCUCCAUCUUCCUUAUGCAGCCAAAGCCGCGCAGAAUCCGUUGUACAGCUACUCGUCCAAGGUAGGCCUUGAAGCCGCGCUUGAUUUAGUCUCACUCCUUGACGAUGAGAUGUACCGUCGCCUGCUGCUUGUUGGUGGUGGUAUGUUUCGAGAUAUUCUGACACGUGGCGCUAUGUUGGUAUUUUUGGAAUUAAUCACACAGUUGGAAAACGAGAGCUCUGCAUUUGUCAAGAAACGCAAUCGGGCACGCAGAGAGCCGUUCUUGGAAGACGCGAGGAACAUCGUCCAGUAUGCCCAAGAUAGGCUUUGGCAUGGUGAGACAAAUGUAAAAAGCUAUGUGUUUGUGAGUAUGGCUAUGGGUCAAGUAGAUGCCAUGCUUAGCGACUCGUCGACCAAAGAUGCCAUUGUUAAGUCUGCAAGCGAGAGUCCUGUUGUUUGCCAUGGCAUACUGAGAUCCACAGCUGCCAACUUGCUCUCGAGGAUGACCACGAACGCUGGUGCAUUUGGGACAGGGGGCGUUGCAAUGGCAGUACCUUCUGUUGAUGAUAUCGAUUUCGACUUUAUGAUUGAUGGAAACAUCGACUUUGGACUUGCAGGCUCUUGGUUCGUACGACAAUGGGAGGACGAAAUAUAG